GCUGCGUUCCUUGUGGACAGAAAAAUAGCUCCCCGGAAUAGACAUAUUUUACCGACCCCAAAAUAUUUCGAAUGUGAAACACAUUCGCUUUCAAAUGUGGCUUCAGGUUUGGCGAUAAUUGUUAAUGCAAGGGAAAUACCAACUUUCAAGCCAUUGCAUCAGCAAAUAGAACAAACAGACAAAACAGCCACCAGAAGCAAAAUAAUCGCAAUCGCAUACGUCUGUCUGGCCCUAACCGCAUUGGCGAAAAAUUCCGCACAACAACACAGCAGCAACACACAAAAAUCGAAAGUACACCACACGCGCGCGCGAGAAAGGCGGCGGCCAAACCAAGGAGCAAUAGCAGUAGCAACAACAACUGCAACAGCAUCAGCAUAAAUAUACUUAGCUUCCAUACCGGCGAACCGGAAGAAGACGAAAAACAAUUUGUGCAUACAUUUUGAAAAAAAAAAUAUAUAUAUAUAUAUUCAUAUAUAUAUAUAUAUAUAUAUAGGGGAUGGCGCAGCAUGGCGUGACGGAGGCGCUGGCCGCAGAACUGGCCAAAGCCGUCGAUUUGAUAAUGCAUCCGCAGACGGUGCAGCAGGCACGCCUCGAGGCAUACAUGGCCUGCGAACGUUUCAAGGAGGAGUCACCGCUGUGCGCCCAAGUGGGCCUCUAUUUGGCCAGCUCGGCGCAGUUCAAUCAGCAGGUGCGUCACUUUGGACUGCAACUAAUCGAAUACACAAUCAAAUUCAAAUGGAAUUGCAUAACGCACGAGGAAAAGGUGUACAUUAAGGAUAAUGCCAUAAAGAUGCUCAAUGUGGGCGUUGGCCCCGCCGAAGAUCGCAGUCUAUUGCAUUUAAAGGACGCCCUCUCGCGCAUCAUUGUCGAGAUGAUCAAACGGGAGUGGCCGCAACAAUGGUCCGAUUUGCUGCCCGAACUCUCGCAGGCGUGCAGCAAUGGUGAGGCCCAAACGGAACUGGUGCUGCUCGUCUUUUUGCGACUCGUCGAGGAUGUGGCGCUGCUGCAAACAAUUGAAUCGAAUCAGCGUCGCAAGGACAUGUACCAGGCGCUCAACAACAACAUGAACGAUAUAUUCGAAUUCUUUCUGGGACUGGUCGAGCAGCAUGUGAACGCAUUCCGUGAGACGACCCGUAUUGGCAACUACCACAAGGCAAAUGCACAUAGUCGCGUCGUCGAAACAGUGCUACUAACGCUGAGCGGCUUUGUCGAAUGGGUCAGCAUCAAUCACAUCAUGUCGAGCAAUGGCAAACUGAUGCAUUUCCUUUGCAUACUUUUGAACGACAGAGCAUUCCAGUAUAAUGCCGCCGAGUGCCUGGCCCAGAUCACCAAUCGCAAGGGUCAGACCAAGGAGCGCAAACCACUGCUCCAGCUGUAUGGUGAGGAGCCUUUGCGCUAUAUUUACACAGCCAGCCAAUUGCCUCCGGCCCAGGCCAACAAUGCCCAGUCAAUUGAGCAGCAGCAUAAUUUCCUAAAGAAAUUAAUUCAGGUGCUUAAUGGCAUGGUGCAGCAGCUCGUGGCACUCUGGGGCAAAGAUGAUGGCAUCCAGCGGCCGCAACAUUUGGAGCUUAUGUUUGAAUGCCUGCUGCUGCUGGUGCAGCAUCCAUCGCUGACUGUGGCGCAUGGCGCUGUGCUCAUUUGGCAGCUGCUGCUUAAGCAUGAUCCGUGCUCCAAGGAUUACCUGAUGGUCAAUUACAUUCCCAAGCUCAUACACACCAUUGCGCCGCGCAUUGUCAAAAUACCAUAUCCCAGCAGCACAAUCACCAACACCACCAUCAGCAGCAGCAGCACCAGCGGUGUCGCCGGCAGCUUGAUGCAGGCCCAGCCGGAUGCAGUCAAUAGCACCGAGGCGUACAUUCGCCUCGAGUACGACAGCGAGGAGGAGUUUGCGAUUUUCUUCUUUCGUUGCCGCACCGAUUUUCUGGAGAUCUUUCGUCAAUCGACGCUGGUGCAGCCGCUGAUCACGUAUGGCUAUUGCGAACAGUGGCUGCAGUCGCGCCUGCGUCAUGCACAAUCGGAGCGGGAGAGCAGCAACAUGGACUGCAGUGUCCUCGAUCCAAUUUAUUUGGAAUGGGAUGCACUGGUCUGUGUGCUCGAUGGUGUACUUAGUCGCAUUCUACUUGUGGCCGAGCGUCCAUCGGUAGCCGGCGGGCUGCGGCUGCUCGAGGAAUGCCUCAAGCUGGAGACGAUUAAUCCGCUCAUCUACUCCAUUUUGCUGUCAUGCAUCUCGGCGCUCUUUGUGUUCCUCAGCAUGUCGUCGUGCCAGCUGACGCCCAACAAUUGUGUCGCCAUGAGUGGUGUCGCCCUGCUGCCGCGCGUUCUCGACAAAAUCUUUCGGGCCCUGGUGCUGAAGCCGCCUAACGAGCUGGAGAAGGUGCAGAUGAAGUCAGCAAAGAAUCUGCGCCGACAUGCCGCCUCCCUGCUGGUUAAAUUGGCGCACAAAUAUCCACUGCUGCUGUUGCCCGUCUUCGAGCAGAUCAACACGCAUGUCGAGUGCCUGCUUAAGGAAUCACCCACACAGCUGUGCCGGAUGAUGCGCACCACGCUGCAGGAGGCGCUCAUUCUAAUCUCGAAUCAUUUUUGUGAUUUCGAACGGCAGACCAUAUUCAUUGAGCACAUCGUGCAACAGAAGCGCACCGAAUGGCUGAGUUUUAGUGAGGUGUUUAAAACGCCGCAGGAAUUUAUGCGCUUUGUGGGAUUGGAUAAGCCGCCGGUGUUUCACAUCGAUAGCGAUCCAUCCGUUGCGAAUCGUGCCCGCAUUUUGGAUGCACUCAAUGUUGUUUUGGGUGUCGUGAAACGCUGCACUUGGCCCGAUGAUCCGGAUCGGGCACAGCGUGGCGGUUUCAUCAUUGGCUGUACCGAUCUGGGCAAUCCCAUAUGCCGUAAUCCGGCCACCAAGCAUGUGGUGCCGUUGCUCUCGCAAGUCCUCAGCCUGAUGCGUGUCCUGAAUGAGCUCUUUCGUCCCGAAGCUUUGGCAGCACUCUCCGAUGGCUAUCGCAACAUUCACGGCAUGCUCGAGCAUGAGAAGAAGCUGCUGAUGGGCAUUUGCGCCGUACCCGUGGAUCCGCUCGAUACGACCAUUAAAACCGAACCGACCGCAUUCGAGAAGAUGCAAACGUUCAUGAUGCUAAUCACCGAGGGCUGUUACCAUCUGAUGGGCUCGGCGGGGCCAUCGCUCGGCCGUGAUCUCUACCAGCUGUUGGGCUUGUCGGAAGCGAUUAUUAGCAAUGUAUUUUGUUGCAUGGACAUCAUACCGGACUUUCGCAUUCGUCCCAUUAUCCGGGUGUUUCUGAAGCCAUUCGUUUACUCGUGCCCGCCCUGCUUUUACGAUAUGGUGCUGGUGCCGCUGUUCGCCCACCUAACGCCGCUGAUGUGCGAACGAUUGACGCGUCGUUGGCUCUACAUUUCAUCGCUGUACGAGUCUGGGCAGUUGAAUGGCGAAGUGAACGACACCCAGGAGGUGCUCGAGGAUCAAUUGAAUCGCACGCUCACCCGCGAAUAUCUCGAUUUGCUGAAAAUAGCAUUAGUCGGCGGCCAAAUUGGUGCUGAUCAUGUAAAUGCCGCCGGCGCCAAUGCGGUGGCCAUGGAAAACGAAGAGCACUCCAUGGACAGUGCACCACAAUCGCGUGCUGCUCAAUCCGCCCUGCUGUCGGACAUCAUCAGCGAAUUGGGUGGCAAGCUGUUGCGCAAUGAUCUAACCGGCAAUUAUAUACUGAUGACGCUGAUCAAGGCGAUCGCCUGGAACGACAGCAUGUGCAACAUGAAGGCGGUGAAUAUUGCGGCGCCCGUCAUGCGAUUCAUGAACGUUGAACAGCUGAUGGAUGAGAAUAAGGCGGUGAGCGCGUUCACCGCUGUGCUUCAGGGCAUGCAGGUGCAUGGCCAGCACGAGGCCAAUCAAUCCGGCCUAAUCACGCUGGGCGUCCAAUUCUAUGAGCUGUUGCGUCCCAAAUAUCCCAUAUUGAGCGAGGUGCUCAAGCACAUACCCAGCGUCAAUGCGGCGGACAUACAGAAAUUUGAUGAGAAGGUCGCCGUUGCGUCCGUCAAGGGCAAUAAGGUGGAUCGCGCCAAGAAGGAUAUAUUUAAGAAGAUGACCGCUCAGCUGGUCGGACGUAGCGUCAAUCAGCUGUUCCGCCAUGAGGUACAAAUUGCCAAUCUGCCGCCGAUGGCCAGCCAGAAGCCGACGGGGGGCAAACGCAACAGCAACAGCAACGAUAUUAUGGACAGCAAUCAGAAUGCCAGCCUCAGCCAGCUAUUCCGCACCGAGAAGUGACAGCGCCGAAAUGUUGCGGCGACCACAACAACAACGGCAACUACGAUGACGAUGACGAUGACAACGACGACGACUGAACUUAAAUUAAUUGUCAACUAGUUGUUAUCAAGCAGUUUAGGCAGCUUAAGCAGUCGCCGCUUUUGGGUUUCGGAUUCGGACUCAGACUACGUCUAUCGCUGGCGCUGCAUCCUUCUGUUUCUGGCGGUGCUCAAGGCUUAUUAGUUAGGUUUUUUUUGUACUAUUAUUAUUUAUUGUGUAACAUCUAAUGUUUAAGUUCCUUCGCAAUGCGUGAUUCCUUUUCCCUCCCCCCGCGACAAAUGUUUUAUUUUUUUAUGUCGGCCUACUCCAAAUGGCAGGUUUUUUAUUCUUACCCAAAAACUUGUUAGUUAUUUUGCAUAAAAAAAAAAAAAUCAAAAUUCCUCGAAAAAUCAAAACCGAAAUAAGUUAAUCAAUCGCUAAGGCAACUUAGCGAAUUGUAUCGAAAUCGUAUCCGCGCUGUGUUACACAUGCAGGAGCACAGUUAUCCCUUCUUUUUUUAUUGUUGUAUAUUACAUAUGGUGGUCGCAUUCAAUUCUAAACUCUGUCAAAUUCUUGAAACACCAAAACGUUCUUUCAAUUUUGAAUUGGUUUUGUUUUCUUGUUUUUUCUUUUUUUUUUAAAUCAUUUUAAAUUGAGCAAAUUUGUAUUUCUCGGCGAUCACUGUUAAUACAUACAUAUAGAGAACAUUUUUUCAAUUUGUAUAUUCAAAAACACACUUAAAAAAAAAACAAUCCUUAAUUUAUAUUGUAUACAUAUUGUAUUUAUAAAAAUAUAUUUUCAAGAAAUAUUGAAAUUACGCUUAGGAUUUAGUUUAUAAGACAGGAGUUAUUAUUAUAUAAUAUGCAUCUUGUAUAUGAACACAGACACUCACACACCCCAAGACACACAUCGGGAUUCAAAGAAUGUAAUGCGAGUAUAUUUACAAUAUUCAAACUGAAAUUAUACACUUAAAGUUAACACGAAAAAGAAAACAAAACGAAAAACUGAAAUAAACAAACGAAACAUA